AUGACUACAACUAGCACAGCAUUAUUAGAUACCUUAUCAACCGAGGUAACAAACCUUAACCAAUCAGGAACUGAUAGCUUGAAUGAUUUGCUACAGGAUUCCAAUGAAUUUUUAGCCGAACUAAGACUAAUAGAAUUAGAUUUAAUUGAGGAAGUGAAUAGUCAGGAAAAUGAACUCACACCCCAUAAACCAGUGGACCCAGUUGACAAGUUACUGAAGCUUUCGGAUAAAUGGUAUAAGUCGUCUAUUUCCAGAUUAAAGUCCUACAAUUCUGCAAAUAACAAAUUCAGCAAAAACAUUUUGAAUAAUCCCAAGUUUAGUAUUGAGUUGGAUGAUGCUUAUACUUAUCCAUUGUUAUUGAAUAAUUAUCCACGUAAUAAUUUGGACGGUCACCAACAAAAACAUGGAUCGACGAGGAGUAAAGACAUCAAUAUAGAAGCACCGGAAGAAGGUCACCCAUUACUUCCAAAAUCAAGCCAGUUGGAACAAAUCAAAAAUGAAAAUAGAGAAGAGCUUAUCAAGGCAAUUGUUCUUCAUUUAUUGAAAACUGGUCAAUGUGAUAUUGUUCCAGAAGUGUUGAAAGAAUUACCUGCAAAUACAUCAAAUGUUAUUGAUCAAGAUCUAUUUAAGAAGUUUGAGGUUUUGAAUCAAAUAGUUGAUAAUAUAAUAGCCAGACAUGAUUUAUCAUUGGCACUUCAAUGGUUUCAAGAAAAGUAUAAUGAAAGAGUAGCCAUUAACGCUAAAAACUCAAUUUUGCCACCAAAUACAAGUGCGGAUACAUUUGGAUCUAUAAAUCUAUCUUGGGAUCAGACUGACUCCUUUCAUGAUAUUGAAUUUAAAUUUCACAUGCUACAAUUUACAAUUUUGUUAAACGGAGAGAACUCUUCAUUCACGCUUGAUAAUGCACUAAAAGCUUAUUUGUAUUCAAAAGAUAACUUUUCCAAAUUCUUUAAAGAUUACAUCCAUGAGAUAUCGCCGUUGAUGACAUUAUUGUUAUUCAGAACAGAUAAAGAUACAGAUACUUUUGAUGAUUUCUCGAAAAAGCAUAUGGUUACUACUGUUAAAAGUUUCAUUACAAAAAUGAAACAGGGGUUCUAUAUGGAGAAUGAACGUAAACAAAGAAGUAUGGGCCAUGGGGGUGAAGCUAAGUUUGUGUAUGAGUUGUUAGCAAACUUUGAAAAUAUUCACGAAAGUAGUAGCUUGUUCACUAACCUUGCGAACGAAUUUAUUGCAGAAUAUUGCAAGGAUUUGAAAUUAUCUAACGAUUCGUCAUUGUUUCAAAGUGUUUUAGCUGGACACAUAUACUUGCCAAGCUUUUAUAAAUAUAAUCAAAUACAAUUGAAAUUGAAAAAGUUGAAACUGGCUUCUGGAGGUAAACUAAAUGAAGAUAGUUCUGGUGCAUCGAAUUCGACAAAUGGAACUCCUAAUAGCCAGGUUGAGAAUUUUGUGGCAACAUAUCACUUUGAAUUACCGUUUCAAUUGCCAGAUUCCAACAGGUUUUUAUUCAAGUACCAUCCUAUUUUCAUUUGUCCUGUUUCGAGAGAGCAGUUGAUACCUAUCACAGAGAAUGGUUACACAACACAGGCUGUAGUGUUAAACUAUUGUCAACAUUUGGUUUUGAGAGAUAGCAUUUGGCAUUUAUCGAAAAAGGGAAUAGAUAUCUUCAAGUGUCAUUACUGUUAUAAGAAACAUAAGUAUAGUGAUGUCACAGAUGCAUAUUUUAUCGACUUAUAA